GAACGCACAGAAGAAAAGAAGAAAAUAUUCGAACUUGCUGGUGGUAAGAAGAAAGUCGAUCAGGAUAGAGAUCGGGAACACAGGAAAGCUAUACAAUACUUGCCACUCAUUGAACAACAACGGCGAGAGCCAUGGAGGCCUUAUAGCGAGCCUCAAGAUGAGCCGCUUCGAGCUGAAGACUCAUCGGAAAGUGAGGAAGAGGACGUUGAUGAGUCACCGUCGCCAGUUUUAACACAACGCUAUGCGCCGGUACCAUCUAGUACCUCAGAGACCGUCGCUGCAAUGCAUUUUCACCCAUCACUUGGGUCGCUCGACGAACGAGAAGAAGCAGAAGAAGAGGAGAGCAGUCAAGUCAACGGUACACCUCAGCCGAUUCCCCACUCGUCAUCGCAACCGUUCUCGAGCAAUGUUCGAAGUGGAUCUCCGACGGAGAGUUACGAUGUGCCAAGCAGCGUGGUUGAUAUUACCACACCUGAGGAUGUUCGGUGA